CGUAGCAGUAAGCCUAUAAAAUAUCCAUACAGAAGAUUUUUUUUCUUCAGCCAACUCUUCAAUUCUCUCUCUCUUCACAGCAUUUGUCGCCGCAGAUUGUUCAUAGUUAUGGCAGCUCAAAACCUCGUUCCUCUGCUCACUCCCUACAAAAUGGGCGAAUUUGAUCUCUCUCACAGAAUUGUAUUGGCACCGUUAACUCGAAACCGGUCUUUCCACAAUGUGCCGCAGCCUCACGCGGCAGUGUACUACAGUCAGCGAACAACCAAAGGCGGUCUUCUCAUCGCUGAAGCAACUGGUGUAUCCGAUACUGCACAAGGGUACCGAGACACACCCGGGAUUUGGACAAAGGAGCAGGUGGAGGCAUGGAAACCGAUUGUGGAUGCAGUUCAUGAAAAGGGUGGCGUGUUUUUCCUGCAAAUAUGGCAUGUUGGCCGUGUCUCUACUUACGGUUACCAACCCAAUGGCCAAGCUCCAAUCUCAUCAACGGACAAGGGAAUUACACCUGGCCUUGACGGAGUAGAUUGGGCCCCACCUAAACGACUAUCCAAAGAUGAAAUCCGUAGUGUCGUCAAUGAUUUUAGGGUCGCUGCUCGCAAUGCCAUUGAAGCAGGAUUUGAUGGAGUUGAGAUACAUGGAGCAAACGGCUACUUAAUCGAACAAUUCCUCAAAGAUCAAGUCAACGACAGAACCGAUGAAUAUGGGGGAAGCUUGGAAAAUCGAAGCCGAUUUGCAUUUGAAAUAGUGGAAGCGGUGACGAACGAGAUAGGAUCUAACAAAGUUGGAAUAAGACUAUCUCCAUACACCGAAUUCAUGGAGUCGAUCGACUCAGAUCCCGAUAAACUAGGCCUUUACAUGGCCAACGAACUCAACAAAUACAACCUUGUCUACCUACACAUGAUCGAACCGAGGGUGACUGGUGCGAGGGUGCAUCAAGGGCCGGAAGAUGAAGUUCCUCAUAAGCUACUCCCCAUGAGAAAGGCUUUCAAGAACACUUUUAUUGCUGCUGGUGGUUACGAUAGGAGUAAGGGCAAUUGUGCCAUUUCUGAAAAUUAUGCGGAUUUGAUUUCUUAUGGGCGCUCGUUUUUGGCGAAUCCGGAUUUAGUGAGAAGGUUCGAGAUUGAUGCUCCUCUUACCAAGUAUAAUAGGAGCACAUUCUAUGUUCCGGAUCCCGUUCUUGGUUACACCGAUUACCCAUUUCUCGAAGAAGCUAAGUAGGAGUGAGUAUAUACGGGUAACGGGCUGUCUUACAUAUGGAUGCCCUGGGUUUAUUAGUCUUUCUGUACCCUGCUUUGUAUUAUUGUGAACUUCUUGAUUUUUUUGUUUUCCUUUUAUAUUGGAAAAGAAAGUUGUUAUUUUCUUGUUUUUGA